CCACUUGCUUGUUGACAGUGGAAGUGGAAUACGGAAAAAAAAAUAAUUAUCAGUGUUCAGCCGAAUAAGCUAAAAACUACUAGUGUAAACCUAGUGUAGGAUGGGAAGAUCUGGACCACCAUUAGUCACUGGGGUAGCACCUAAAGAAGGACCCCCUGGCACCCGCAUUACCAUUCGUGGAGAAAAUCUGGGCUAUGACCAAAAGGAUUUGAUUGGAGUGAAGAUAUGUGGAGUGGACUGUUUAUUGUCAGCUGAUUGGAAAUCUCCCAGUAAGAUCAUUGCAAGGUCUGGUCCUGGGAAAGGUAAAGGAGAGAUCAUAGUAGUUACCAAGUCAGGUGGACAGGGAACCUGUACAGUAGGAUUCAAAGGCUAUUAUGUACAAAUAGGCCCAUUACAGGAAUCUGCUAUAUGGAUAGAUGAGUCGCAGAGUGUUUCUUCCAAUUUACGACAUGGUCGGCCAUCUUCUCCUUUAUUUUCUAAGGAUGAUGAGGAUCCAUUGGGGAUUUCUGAUGAAGGAAAUCAAGCCAAAUUUUCAGAAGAAGACUUAUUAGAACAGUUCCCUGAAGCAUCUGGAAAUAUGUCAAUUGAGAAUUUUUCUUCAUCAUGGUAUUUAUUAGAGAAUCAUCAUUCCACUAGCUUUGAUGAUUUAAGGGCAGGUCUUGCUCAUAUGAAGAGAAAAGCUAAACAUCGUUCAGAGGGUCCAAUAGCUUUUGUCAAAACCAAUUUGUCUUCUACCUUAGACUGUUUAGAUAGUUUACAAAAUAUGUACAGUAAAUUCUGUAAAGAUGAUAUAAGAGGGGAAUUUAUAAAUUCCUAUGCAGUUCUUCUGAUGCAGGCUAAGUCAUGUGCUGAUGGAUUGUUCCAAGAAGUACUAGGACGGAAGGACAAGGCAGACUCUACUAGAAAUGCACUGAGUGUUUUACAGCGAUUUAAGUUCUUAUUUUAUCUUCCAUUAAAUCUACAGAGAAAUAUACAAAAGGGAGAUUACAACAUGGUUAUAAAUGAUUAUAUCAGAGCCAGAUCCUUGUUUGCUGAUACACAAGUACAAGUUUUCAGAAAAGUAUACAAAGAGGUAGAGAAGCAGAUAAAUGAAUUCAGAGACAUGUUAAAACAGAAGUUAAUGGAGUUACCAAACUCGCUGGAAAAUCAGAAAAAAUUAAUCAAAUAUUUGAUCAGUUUAGAAUGUAGUGGUGAUCCUGCAUGGGAAUGCCUAGUUAAUCAACAGAAAUGGCUGACAACUAUACUGCUACGUUGUAAAGAACAACAUUUACAAGAAGAAAAAGAGAGCCAACCAAAUGGUGAAGUAUUUGGCACCCCACAGAGGACAUCAAAUUUAUCUAGGGCAAAACCAGGAGAUUCAAGCAGUUUGAAAUUAGAUCAUGGUUCUUCAAAGUUUACAAAUCCACAAAGAAUAAUGUAUAUAGAGGAAUUAUGUGAGAUUCUGACUUACAAUUUACCAGACCUGUGGAAAUUGGGACAGGCAUAUUUCUCUGGAGCAUUAAUUGUAAAGGAGCAAACAGGAGAGAAGGCAUUUAAAAUAGAUGUUUCUAAGCAUAGUCAGUUUAAGCAAAUGAUAACAGAUACCAUUAGUUUAUUCUCAAACCUGGUGAGAGCAGCUUUCCUACCACAAACUUUACCUGAAAAAAUGUCAACAGACGACAUUACCAAAUAUGGUCAAUGGAACCAAGAUAUCCCAGGAGACUGGUUACCAUCUUGUGUCAGACAUAUUCGGAAUUGUGUUGGUUCCCUGUCCUUACUAGAUUUACCAGGGGAAUCCCCCACAGUAAUAAAUGACCUAGCUUUUGAUAUGAGGACAAACUGUAUGUUCACUCUAUUAAAACAAGCAAUUGCAGACAUACAACAGCUUCACAUUAAAGAAACAUGGAUUGUAGAAAGGGAUGAUGAAUCAGGGGGAACAACCCAAUUGCCGGCAUUAUUUGAGAACAUUGUUAAUGAGACUAUCCAGCAUCUGCAUGAAGUUGUUGUCCAGAAUAAACAGGGGGAACCAGAGAUAUUUGGUCAAAGAACAGUACAGAAAGAUUCUACACAGUUGUGUUCAGAGUUACUACAAGCAUUUGUACCAUGUUUAGAUUGUUUAGCUUUUACUCCUGUAAUGUCAGGAGGAUCAUCCAGUAUAACAGACGACUCAAAGAAAAGAUUCUCAACAUCUAGUAUGGACUUCGAGGAACAUUCCCUACAGUUUGAUAAAAGAUUGAUUAUAAUGUUAAGUAACUGUAGCCACACCAUGGAAAGGAUCAUCCCUAGACUCAUAGAGAACCUGAAUAAACAUGGAUAUGUAGAAAUGAAUAAAGCCUUACAGACCACCAGAGAAAGAUAUGAGGAAUUGGAUAAUAAAUUAUUUGAAGCCUACAUAGAAGAGAAAUCAAAUCCUAUUGUGGGAGCUAUUGAACAGAAUAUGUAUAGGGGAAGAUUUGAUUGGAAAACGUGCAGGAAACCAGCUGGAGUCAGAAAUUACCUGAAAGAUGUGAUAAUGAAAAUGAUAGAGGUCCAUGCUGAAGUGUUUGCUGUUUCCCCAUCCUUUGUUACCAGGGUUACACAGAAAGUUGUUGAGUCUGUGUCAGAGGAGAUAACAAGAGUUAUAGAAUGUGUUACUGAAUUUAAUGAACAUGGAAAGUUGCAGGCUAGAGUAGAACUUAUGGCUCUACAGGAAACAGUGAAACUUUACAUAACACCACAUGCAAAUGCAUGUUUUAAAGAAGCUAUGGAUAACCUUGGCAGUAUGAAACCAGAAGAUAAAAAACUGUUAGAAUAUCUAUUGAACAAGUAUAAAUCACAGAUGAAGUUUCAAAUGAUGUGUUUCUAUGGAGAUAGUCUUCUAAGAAAUUCUGUAUCAGCAUAAGAUUGUGUUAAAUUUUCUUUUUUACUUGACAACUUUUUCUUUCACAAGAAACUAUGUGGAUGAUAUGUUAUGAUUAAAGUGAAUAUAAAAACUCAAGUUUCACUAAACUCAGAACAAAAUAAUGUUAAUCAUUACCUACAUAUGAUGUCAGAAAAACAAUAUUAUUCAUAUUGGUAUCUGAGAUCUUGUGACAGAAACUUUUCCAAAAAGCUUUAUUAUAAGUGGAAACAAAUUUGUAGUGAAAUUUAAUGAAAAGACAACCGAAAGGAAUAUGGCAAUGGUUCAUAAUUACCAGUAGAUAUCAUACAAUCAUAGAAAAAACACAUAAUAUCUUAUUUAUAGUUCAUACAUAAUUGUUGUAUGAUUAUGAUUAUAAGAUGGUAAUUUUCUGGUUUGUGACAGAGUAGUUGUUAAAAUUGUGUUACAUCUUAGUUAUUGGUCUGUCAUGUUUUGUUGACGUUUGUGAAGAAUACAGUUACUGCCUUAAAGUGUACAUUGAUCAUUAUACAGUUAUAAGUUAAGCCAUGAUACUUAUCCCAAUAAUUAAAUUGGCAUUUAUAUAAAGCAUAUUUAUAGAGUUUGCAUUUUAUUUGAUUAGCAACUACAGAAAUAAAUAUGCAUGUAAUAAUUUCUGAAUUUAUGGUAUAAAUAUCCAAAUAUUAAACUUCUGUGAUAUAAAUCCUGUAUAGGAAAGAUGUAUGCUUACCAAAUGUUUGAGUUUAGGGAUGGGAUGAAGUCAUGAAUCAACUCAAUUCAAUAUAAAAUAAUUUCUAGAAUUAAAAUUCUAAAUCUGUGAUAUGUAAAAAGAAGACCAAAUUUAUGUCAUUGACAUUACCAGAAAUAUAUGGAUAAAUAUUAGAAUGUUUGUAGAUUGAAGUAGGCUUGAAAAUAUUAUCUCAUUGUAUAACAUUGCCAAGUUAAUUUUGCAGAUUAUUUUAAUUGUUUUGAUUUAUAUGUUUUGCAUUGUUAAUAUAUUUUGUCUGUGGUGCAUCUAAAAUAUGUGCAAUAUAUUUAUUAAAGUCUUUUAUAACACCAA